AUGGCGAUUAUACUACCGUCGCUGCCGCGGUCUCCCCUUCUCCUCCUCCUGCUCGCGCUGGUGCUGCUCUCGUCGGCGCACCUCCCACUCCUCGCGCGCGCAGAGGAGUCGUGCUCCGCCUCCGCGCCCUGCGCCAACAACCUCUGCUGCAGCAAAUGGGGCUGGUGUGGCUCCACCGUCGAUCACUGCGGCGCAGGCUGCCAGUCCCAAUGCUCCGGUUCCGCCUCCUCGCCCACUCCGCCUCCCACCACAUCCCCUUCCCCCUCUCCUCCUCCCCCAUCCCCCUCCCCUUCUCCGUCUUCUGCUUCUCCGCCGCCCCCGUCCGCCUCACCUCCCCCACCAACCGGCUCCGCUCCCCCCCCAACCGGCUCCGCUCCCCCCCCAACCGGCUCCGCUCCCCCCCCAACCGGCUCCGCUCCCCCCCCAACCGGUUCCGCUCCCCCCCCAACCAGCUCCGCUCCCCCCCCAACCGGCUCCCCUCCCCCAUCUACUGGGCUGCAGCGCAUGGCGUAUUUCAAGAACGAGGCGGGCAUGGACCCAUCCCUCAUCCCUGCUGCCAACCUCACGCAUGUCUUUUACUCCUCUGCUUCCCUCGACCCCACCACAUACAAGGUCGUCCCUCACAUCCCAGCAAUUGACGUCAACGAGGGCCUCUAUCUGCGCUUCAACUCUGCUGUAAAGACCGCCAACCCCGCCAUAAAAACUCUCCUUUCCAUCGGCGGCUAUUUCAAAUUCUCCACCGAUUUCGCAAGCGCCACCUCCUCCCCGUCCUCCCGCUCUGCCUUCAUCCAAUCCGCGAUCGCCCUCGCUCGCACGUACAACUUUGACGGUCUGGAUCUCAACUGGGAGUACCCAAUGGGCAACACCACCCUCUUUUCCACCCUGUUCACGGAAUUCCGGGCGGCGAUCGAAUCCGAAGCUGCCGCCUCCGGGAAAUCGAAGCUUCUGCUUUCUGCGACGGUUGAUACCCUCUCUUACAAGGAAAUCGAACAGCUGGUAACCACUGGAGGUUACACAGCUAAGCUCGACGCCCCAACAUUCUCUAUGUAUGCGGUGAAGGGUGACCAGUGGGUUGGUUACGACGACCCUUCCACCAUCACCACCAAGGUUCAGUUUGCCAAGGCGCAAGGCUAUGGAGGGUGGUUCUGUUGGAGACUGGACCAGGAUGCCAACAAUGCUCUGGUCAAUGCUGCAGCAGCUGCCUCUUGA